CAAGUCCCCAACAUCGCAGGGCCUGUUACUAUCUGUUGACAAAGGAGUUAUGAUUGCAGCAGAACUACUCACGCAGCAGAAACGCCGGUGCAGAGCGGGCUGGAGGCAACAAAUCUUGCUGCUCGCGAUACUCGCCCCGUUCAGCUGGCCAGCACGGGCAGCAACAGCGACGACAUGCCCGAAAGAGCCCAACGGCAUGGGCGUGUUCCUGCCCUGGUACGUCUACCCGGACACAGCCGCGUACAGCGCCCUGGCGGCGUACGGACCGCGCUGCGCCAUCCACGCCAUCGUCACCGGCGACGCCAGCGGCCCGCCCCGCACCAACCUGGCCACCUACAUCACCGAGUUCAAACGCCUGGCCGACUCAGGCAUCCGGCUGUACGGCUACGUGCACACGCUGUCUGACGUGGCGACACACACGGCCCGGCCGCUGUCUGCCGUACAGGCGGACAUUGCGGCCUGGUACGGCCCGGGGCUGGCCGAGCUGCUGACGGGCGUGUUCCUGGACGAGGUGGACCCGGCCCUCAGCAACGCCAAGGCGUGGGACUACUACAGCCAGCUGGCGGAGGCGGUGCAGGCGCGCGGCGGCCGUGUGGUGUUCAACCCGGGCACACAGAUCGCGUGCAGCCUGGCGCGGCUGUCGGACGUGUACGUGCGCUUCGAGGACUACGCCGCCGACUGGGCGCCAGGCCUCGGCGCCGGCCUGCGCUGUGACUGCGCGGCACAGAGCUCCUGCGCGGCGCUGCUGCACGGACUGGCGCCGGCAGCCGCGGGAGCCGCCGCCACCGCCGCCGCGGUGGCCAGGAUUGUGUCGCAGGCGGACGCCCGGUCGUUCUCAUACGUGUUCGUGACCGACCGUGUGAUGCCCGACCCCUGGGACGGCCUGCCCAGCUACUUCGCGGCGCUCAUGGACACAGUGGCGCCCGUGAGAAACAAGCAGUCACCGCCACCAUCGCCGCCCAAGCCCCCUUCACCCAGCCCCAGCCCCAGCCCCAGCCCCAGCCCUAGUUCGAAGCCCAGCCCCAGCCCCAGCCCCAGCCCCAGCCCCAGCCCCAGCCCCAGCCCCAGCCCCAGCCCCAGCCCCAGCCCCAGCCCCAGCCCCAGCCCCAGCCCCAGCCCCAGCCCUAGUUCGAAGCCCAGCCCCAGCCCCAGCCCCACCCCUGGCCCCGGCGCUUCGGGUGGCAUUUGGCGUCCCACGGGGCCCCUGCGCUGGCAGUGGCAGCUGAGCGGUGACAACUUCCGGCCCCUGCUGCGCAGUCGGCCCCAGGUCGUUGACGUCGACGUCGACAACGUGGAGCAGCUGCUGCAGCAGGCGGCGGAGGUCGGGGUCAGCCGGCAAGACUUCAAGCUCAUCUGCUACUUCAGCGCAGGCACCUACGAGCCCGCGCGCGCCGCCGCCGACCUGUCACAGCGCCAGGUGUCGUGGCCCGACCUGGAGAAGGCGGCGGCAGCUGCGGCGGCGGCGGCGGGGCUGUCGGUGGGUGCGGGCGGCGGCGCCAAGCCGGGCCCGCUGUACCUGCAGUCCAUGGAUCCGCCAUUUGGUGAGGAGCUGUGGUUGUCUGUGGACCUGGACAGCACCCAGCAGCUGCUGCUGGAAAAGGUGAUGAUCCCUCGCAUGCAGUACGCGGCAGCUCGGGGGUGCGACGGUGUGGAGCUGGACAACGUGGACGCCUACGACAAUGUGCCUCCCGCCUCCUUCAAGUCCGUCACGCCGGCACAGCGCCCCGCGCGCGGCGUCACGCCCCAGGCGCAGCUCGCCUUCAACGCCGCCCUGCUGGACGCGGCGCAUGGCCUGGGGCUGAGCGCCGGGCUGAAGAACGCGCUGGACCUGUUGGGCAGGAGCUUCGCGGACGGGCGGCGCGUGUCGGACGCGUAUGAUUGGUUCCUGAACGAGCGCUGCUGGGAGUUCAAUGAGUGCGAUGCCUACGGCGACAACAUCGGAUGGCCCGCCUCCGUCAUGGCAGUGGAGUACUGCGACUCGGUGCGGCGCUUCGGCGCGGCGGGGUCGCAGGGCGUGCUGCGGCCCGACUGCGUGUGCCCGCUGGCCAACGCCUUCGUGGGCGCCGCCGGCAACGCCACACUCAGCCACCUGAUCAAGACGGUGGACCUGCAGGCCCUAGGUCUGGACUGCCGGGCCUACUGCGCGGCCCCCGGCGUAAACUGCGUGCCGCCCGCGGGCGGCAAGGUGGCACGCUGCAAGGAGCCCAAGUCCGUGAAGGACGUCUGCCCGCGCUACGGCAUCACGGGCGCCAAGAGCCCGGCGGCGCCGGGGGCGCCGCCGCCAGCGGGCGGUGGCAACAAGCGCAAGCCGCCCCGCCGCAGGGCUUCCGAGUAUGACUUCCGUGUGUGGCGUGGACACGAGUAGCGCAGGACCUGAGUAAAUACUACCGUAUACUGAUGGUAUGUCAUUCGUGUAUAGCAUUCAUGCAGAGGAGAGCGGACUUGAUAAGGCUUGUUCCAGAGCGCUACCCAUGUGAGCGGAGCGCAUGCGCCGUGCAAUACAAUGCUUCAAGCAAGUCCGGUGUGUGCGGAUGUUGCGGGCUGGAAGGAGGGUGGGCCGCAACUGCCUACCGCCUACGUGUGUGUAUAGGCCGGACAAGUAGGCUGGCUUUGACAGCCAUUAACUGUCAAAAUGUAGGCACGAAGGGCAGCGCUUUGGACCUUUGGUGUUGCAAGGUGCCCCACCGCCGAGCAGCAGUGAAGGCAGCGGUGGGAGACUGGGAGGGACGGGGCAUGGCGUCACCCACGGAGCCCGGAGGUCCUGGUGUAAAGUGCAUGGCGUCAGGGUACCGAAUGGCGCGCCCGUGUCACACUGUCACCGUGUGGGCGUCAUGCAGUGGACGCAGUUGGGCGCACACCUGCAUGCCGUGUCUUGGUCGACCCCGCAACCGCCCCACCCGUAGCUUGAGUGGCGGAGCUGCCCUGCCCUGUAGGACAGC